AUGACUAAUUCACUGGUCAGGUUCUUGCUUUCUGCGGCGCUUGUGUGUCGCGCGGUUGCUUCUGAUUCAGGCUGUGAGGGGUCAGAUUGUGGUAAAGUUGGAGUGCCUGGAAAACCGAACAAAAACUCCGAGUUCUUGAAGAAGUUGAAGGAAUUGAACACGGAAUCGGCGCAUCGACACCGCAACGCAGAGGCCGUGUUACCUUUCAUCGGACUAACUGGAGUUGCCAAACAAAGCCGCACCUGCUGUAGGUAUGGAGGAACGUGCAUUUUAGGAAGUUUUUGUGCCUGUCCGAAACAUUUCACUGGUCGGAGUUGUGAAUAUGACGAACGCCUCCGGGAUUGCAGUGUCAUUCCACACGGAGAGUGGGUUCAGAAAGGUUGCUCAUAUUGCCGAUGUGGUUAUGGACUUCUGCAUUGCUUCCCGCAUGUUUUCAGCAACAACUGUGACGACUCUGAGGAAGUUCGAUGGUAUCGUUCAAACGCCUUCAGAAAGUGCCCGUCUUCAUAUGUCAUGUUUGUUGCCUUGAUUUUAAACGUCCUACUGUAA